AUGGCAAGAGUGACGAGCCUAAAAGACGUCCAGCUUCUAGUCGAACCCUCAACCGUCAUCAAGGGAGCGACAGCAGCACUCAUUUGCCACAGAGACAUGCAAGGAGCACCGUUGUAUUCUGUCAAAUGGUAUCGUGGUAACCAUGAGUUCUUCAGGUACACCCCACUGGAGGUACCAGAAACUAAAGUGUUUGGAUUACCGGGUAUCUAUGUUGAUAUGAAUCGCUCCAACGGCACCCAAGUACUGCUUCGCCGGUUGGAACUCGGCCUUGCUGGGAAUUUCUCUUGCGAAGUAACAGCUGACUCUCCGUCCUUCGCGACGCAGGUCGCUACCAAGUUCAUCGAUGUUAUAGCACUACCCACCAAGGUACCGGUGCUCGUAACCGAUAAAGACCGCUACCAGCCCGGCGAGAUUCUGCGAGCCAACUGUACCUCACCACCCGCUAGACCUGCUACCAAUCUAACUAUAUUUGUUAAUGAAGAACCGAUAAGUGCAUCAGAAACAAGUCUACAUCCAUUCGACAGCGGUCUAAUAUACGCAAAAGUCACAGUUGGCAUUAAAGUGACUCCCGAAUUAUUCCCUGGAGGAAGAUUGAGGGUAGCCUGCUACGCCACUAUGUUUGAUGUCUACAACAAAUCUGCAAAGUUAGACUUCUUGACACCAGAAACAGAUCCUAGACCUGAGAGAAUAACUCUUGGUGGUGGUGCCUCCACGUGCUUCAUGAACUGGAUACUUCUUAUCUUCUUGCUAUUUCUACCAAAAAUAGUUUUGGGAGUGGACUACAAUGGUCUUCUAGAUGAAGACUUGAACAUUCAAUACGCAUAUUAUGAUGAUGAGAGUCCACAAAACGCUAUCAUCUCCCUGAUGGGCGGUUAG